ACUACAAGGAGCUUUCCUUUUCUUGAUUUGUUCCACAAAUACCAAUUAACUAUCUACUGUUGGAGUCAGACACCAAGCUGGAAAACAGGCAGAACAGACAGUCUUUGCCCCCUCCAGUUUUCAGUCAUGGCUGCGUGAAUGGGGAGGGCCAGGAUAGGGAAAGCAUAGGCUGUUCUGGAAGGAGAAGGAGGGAAGGCUUCCUGGAGGAAAAGAUAGUAAGGUAGAAACCUGCAGAAUAAGUUGGAAUACUCAGGGCAAAGGGCAUUUGGGAAGAAGAAUGUUCUAAGCAGGGUAAACUGCACGUCCCCCAGUCUUGAAAAAGCACAGGGUGGAGCAUAGGCAGGGCGGAGACCAAGGAUCUUAAGAAAGAGCUGAGGGCUUUAUAAGUGGAAGUCGAGACUUGAGCCUGGGGGGCAACUGGAAUUUGGGGUGGCGGUGUGUGUGUGAAAGUUGUCAGUACCAAAACAGAGUCACUUACGUCAAAACCAAACUAAAUGGUGCUCCUGUAGUCCCAGCUACUCCAGAGAAUGAGGUGGGAAGAUCACUUGAGCCCAGGAGUUAGAGGCUGCAGUGAGCUAUGAUCGCACUAUUGCACUCCAGCCUGGGCAACAGAGCCAGACCCUGUCUCAAACAAACUAAAUGGUGCUGGGAGGCCAUGAAGUGGGGGGCCCUCAUCAACGAUUUGCCUGGUAACAGGAACUAUUAUUGCAAAAGAUUCCACCAAACUGCAACCUUGCACAAAGAACCACAACCUUGCACAAAAGCCAUGAUAUGAGGACAUCUGCCCAGCAACUGCCUGUUCAACUUUUGGACUGAAGCCACCUGUAUUAAUUCUUGUAACCAAGUAUUAUUAUUUUAAAACGAUCUGGCCGGGCGCGGUGGAUCACGCCUAUAAUCCCAGCACUUUGGGAGGCCGAGGCGGGCAGAUCACGGGGUCAGGAGAUCGAGACCAUCCUGGCUAAAACGGUGAAACCCCUUUUCUACUAAAAAUACAAAAAAUUAGCCGGGCGUGGUGGCGGGCGCCUGUAGUUCCAGCUACUCGGGAGGCUGAAGCAGGAGAAUGGCGUGAACCCGGGAGGCGGAGCUUGCAGUGAGCAGAGAUGGCGCCACUGCACUCCAGCCUGGGCGACAGACCGAGACUCCGUCUCCAAAAAAAAAAAAAAAAACACCAAUAUAUGCAAUCCUCCUCGUUUUGCCUUUAAAAGCCUCUGCUUUCCUUUGCCUCCCUGAGUACUCCGCGUCCCCACCCCUUGGGUGCCAUGGCACAUUUAUUCCCGAAUUGCAAUCCUUCUGCUCAGUCCGAAAUAAACUCAAUUGGAGAAUCUCUGUGUCCUUAUUUGAGGUUGAUAAAGGUAUCUUACAGUUGUCGGAAUGAUUAUCUUUCCCGGGAAAAGGGCAAGAGAGGAUCAAGGGAAAGUGAGAGGAGCACCCCCGGAAGGUCACAGCCAACUUUGGUCCCAUCAUCAGGGCUGCAGUUUUCUGGGCGUUACUGGACCAGCGUCAUUAAGCAGGAAGCCCACCCUCUCCUAGCUGGCUCAUUAGGAGCUUCCCAUUUCUGGUGGGGCCACCUCCCGGCCUGGGCGGGCAGACGGAGCACCCUGCUGGUCGGAGGAUGCUCCGAGGCCCGACGCUGCUCCCGGCGGGCUGUCAUCCUCCUAGCGGUCGGCCGGCCGGCCUGGAGCCGCCCCGCCCACGGCCGAGGUUUCGGUUUCCCUUGGGAGCCCCGCCCUGUGUCCCGGGGAGCCGGAGGUGGUGGAGAUGAAUGGCGGGCGCGGCGGCCGGGACCCGGACCCCUGGGAGGUCGGAGCUGGUCGAGAGAUGCGGCUGGCGCUGCCCGGAGCAUGGCGACCGCGUGGCUGAGCUCUUCUGUCGCCGCUGCCGCCGCUGCGUGUGCGCGCUUUGCCCGGUGCUGGGCGCGCACCGUGGCCACCCUGUGGGCCUGGCGCUGGAGGCAGCGGUGCACGUGCAGAAACUCAGCCAAGAAUGUUUAAAGCAGCUGGCAAUCAAGAAGCAGCAGCACGUUGACAACAUAACCCAGAUAGAAGAUGCCACCGAGAAGCUCAAGGCUAAUGCAGAGUCAAGUAAAACCUGGCUGAAGGGGAAAUUCACUGAACUCAGAUUACUACUUGACGAAGAGGAAGCGCUGGCCAAGAAAUUCAUUGAUAAAAACACGCAGCUUACCCUCCAGGUGUACAGGGAACAAGCUGACUCUUGCAGAGAGCAACUUGACGUCAUGAAUGAUCUCUCCAACAGGGUCUGGAGUAUCGGCCAGGAGCCCGAUCCUGUCCAGAGGCUUCAGGCAUACACGGCCACCGAGCAGGAGAUGCAGCAGCAGAUGAGCCUCGGGGAGCUGUGCCAUCCCGUGCCCCUCUCCUUUGAGCCCGUCAAGAGCUUCUUUAAGAGCCUCGUGGAAGCCGUGGAGAGUAUAUUACAGACGCCAUUGGACAUUCGCCUUAAGGAAAGCAUAAACUGCCAGCUCUCAGACCCUUCCAGCACCAAGCCAGGUACCUUGUUGAAAACCAGCCCCUCACCACAGCGAUCGCUAUUGCUGAAAUACGCGCGCACGCCCACGCUGGAUCCUGACACGAUGCACGCGCGCCUGCGCCUGUCCGCCGACCGCCUGACGGUGCGCUGCGGCCUGCUGGGCAGCCUGGGGCCCGUGCCCGCGCUGCGGUUCGACGCGCUCUGGCAAGUGCUGGCUCGCGACUGCUUCGCCGCCGGCCGCCACUACUGGGAGGUUGACGUGCAGGAGGCGGGCGCCGGCUGGUGGGUGGGCGCGGCCUACGCCUCCCUUCGGCGCCGCGGGGCCUCGGCCGCCGCCCGCCUGGGCUGCAACCGCCAGUCCUGGUGCCUCAAGCGCUACGACCUUGAGUACUGGGCCUUCCACGACGGCCAGCGCAGCCGCCUGCGGCCCCGCGACGACCUCGACCGGCUCGGCGUCUUCCUGGACUACGAGGCCGGCGUCCUUGCCUUCUACGACGUGACGGGCGGCAUGAGCCACCUGCAUACCUUCCGCGCCACCUUCCAGGAGCCACUCUACCCGGCCCUGCGGCUCUGGGAGGGGGCCAUCAGCAUCCCCCGGCUGCCCUAGGGGCCAGGACCGGCGUGACAGCCUCCAGGUACGCCGCAGCUGCCCAGUCUCGCCUAAUCUACCUAGAUCAGCGUGGCUGGUCCCCUUACUGCCUGCUUCUUAGGGCCCUCUCCCUGCUCCAGCUUUCCCCGACCAAUCACGCCUACAGUGCUUUGAGGGUUUCCUCUCCUAGGCUAGUUUCAAACAGGCCGUAAACAAGUCUGCUGCUGCCCUCUCAUCAGACCUCCGCACCCUCACCCCACCAUCACUUGCACUACUUUAAUCCAGUUCCUUCAAAGUGAUACCCCCACAGGUAAGCCCUCAGCAUCCUGAAUACAUCAUCCGCAGCCUGGGAACCUUCUCCCUCGUACAGCACAGGAACCUGACACAUAGUAGGCACACAGUAAACGUUUGUGAAUGAAUGAGAGUCAUCCAGUCCUGACUCUUCUGUCUCUUGAGGUCCCUUGAAUCUUCCGCUUCCUCCCCACCGAUUUCAGCGUGUCCACAUCACAGCUCCCUCCAGAAGCUGCAAGAGCUUCUUAGCAGUUCCUGGUCUGAACCCUCUCCCAGUCCUCAUCUUCCACCCUAAAACUAGAGUGAUCUUCCUAAAACUUCACUUAACCCCUCAGCUAUGAAAAGGCUUCCAGGAGUUUCCAUGAAAUAACAAAAAAAAUACAAGCGCCUCACCUUAGCAUUCAAGGCUUGUCUAGUCUGCCCAAAAUUACUUAUCCUCACCUAGCUCCUACCACUCUUAGAGACUCUCCAGUCAGAAAUGUGUCUCAUAGUUCCACCUCCACACCUUUCUGCUGCCAGCACAUUCAUGCAGAAAAGUCUUUUCACCUGUCUCAGUCUUCCCCAGGCUUACCUGCGCCAGGAAGUCUAACCAAGGAACAAGAAUCUCACUAUCAGAGCCACAAAUCUGGGACCUAUCUUUCCAACUAAAUUGGAGGCUUUGGAAGGGCAGCUUUGUCCUUUACUCUCUCCACCCUGAAAAGUUCCCAGAAAGCCCCUUCCCUCCCAAGCAGUGAAUUAAUAACCAGCAGGUGCCUAUCACUGAGUAACAGAAGAGCUGAGUUAGGCGGGCCUCACAGGUCACCCAGCCAGAUCUCAUUUGGGGAGUCUGAGGUCCUGAAAGAAAGCAGAGCUGCGUAAAGUUACCCCGUGGUGAUAUAGGGGGGCCAGACGUGUGCCCCGUUCACCCACCCACAGGCAAGCAUCUGACCUGUCCCCUGGCCCAGCCCUUAGGCCCAGCUUUCAACCUGCUUACUCAUUUCUCAGGGGAUUUUGGGAAGGAAUCUGCAGGUGACAGUUGCUAAGCAACCAAAGGGGGUGGUGUUUCCCAACUGUCUUGGGACAAAAAGGGUAAGAGCACCCUUAGAUCCAGAUGUUGCCAAGGAAACCCAGAGCGCCCAGCUGUCUGGAAUGAAGUGACAGAGGUAGAAAACAGUAGGCCCUCACAGGAGGCCACCUUCUCUAGCAGGGAGGGGGAGGCCUCUUCCCAGGGAUUUGUGUCUCCGUUCUGAAGGUUCUGCGUCCUGUUUUGUCAAUUCCCUAGACGGUUUUGAAGUUAUAUUCUGUUAAAGCAUCUUCAUAGGUGUUUGGUGGGAGGCCAAGGUCGCCGAAUCCUCGUGGUUUAAACAGACUUUCAGUGCAUUAGUUUGAACCAUAUAAAACUGACAAUUUUCAAUAGUUUUUGAGUUAAAAAUGGCACUUUUGAUAUGAGACAAUGUAGCAGAAUACCAGGCAGACAGAACCUUGCAAACACCUUAACUUCUAACCAAAGACUUUAAAACUCUGGCUGGACAGAGUUUUAAAGCACUAUGCUGCAGGAAUCCUGAGAAAAAGGGGAAAUUAAUUCUACUAGGAAUGGCCCAAACUGAAUUGUGACAGGCAGAGGGCGUUCCUGACAGAGGGAAGAUGAAUACACUUGACCCCAACAUUUCUGUCCAUCCCUGAUGACCAAGACCUCUUCCCAGACCCACAGCUGCAGGGGCCAAGUAAUAACAGCUCUUAAUAGUUUAUAAUGCACUGUUUUAAUGCUUUAUGACUAAACUCAUCUGAUCCUUUCAUCAGCCCUAGGGGGUAGAAAGUUUUCCCAAUUCUACACAUGGCAAAAUGGAGACCCAGAGUCACUUGCCCAAGGUCGCACAGCUAGUGGUGGAGCUGGAGUCUGGGCCCAGGCUGUGAGUUCCAGGUCUGUGCUCAUGGCCACCAGGCCCUACUGCUCAGGGUGAAUGCAGCUGGUCUCUGGCCAGUGCCUGGUGCUCUGGCCCCUCUCGUGGAGCUACUGCCCAUGAUGCUUUCCUAGUGCCUGGUUACUCUGCGAGACUUGAGUCUACCUUUGGACUGCCUUCCUUGGGGUCUGAGAUGAGGCCUUAUGGCCCAGAGGGGAACUUGAUUCAAAAAUUUGGGAUUCAUGUAGCAGAGACAGAGCUAGACUAUAAAGGUCACAAACUAGCUGUGUCAAGGCCCGUGAUAGCCAGAAAGCGGCAGUUUCAGUCCAUAUCAAUUGUGUGACCAGGGCUAGUCACUUUUUACUUCUCAGUGCUAUCUAUAAAAUGGGGAUAAUAGCACUACCUACCAAGUGCUGUGAGGCUCAAAUGAGCCAAAGGUUAUAAACUUGCCUUAAAACUAUAGUCCUAUACAAAAAUUAGCCGGGCGUGGUGGUGCAUGCCUGUAAUCCCAGCUACUAGGGAGGCUGAGGCAAGAGAAUUGCUUGAACCCAGGAGGUGGAGAUUGCAGUGAGCUGAGAUCGCACCACUGCACUCCAGCCUGGGGACAGAGCAAGACUCUGUCUCAAAAAAACAAAAACAAAAACAUAUAUAGUGCUGUAUCAUGCCAGGAUUUAUCAGCAUUCCCAAGGGAGCUUGCACGGUACUGACCGAGUGCUCAGACUACUGGUAUUCCCAGCUGCCAUGUGGCAGCAGCAGGAGCUACUAGAAUAUUCUCUGCACAGGAAUGAGGCUUCCUUGGUUUCCAUGUCUGUAAGGGUUACUGAUCACUUACCUUCUUCUCUUUCAGACUUGAAUCUGUAGACAUCUCUUUAUUGAUAUGGCAAAUUGCUUGCAGAUAUUUUUAAAUGACAGCAAUUUUCUAAUAUUUGGUUUAAUAAAAUGUGAAUAAUGUCCCUUUUAA